UUCAAUUUUCUUACUCACGACCACCAAAUUACACACAACAAGAUUCUAAUUGAAUAAACGAAUAAAAAUUCAAUUCAGUCAGUCGAGACGUAAAACAAUGGUACAGCAUGAUUUGAAGUGUCUAGAUUCUUCAAUAUAUGGAUACUUGAAAACAAUAACAGCGGCUACCUACUAUGAUUCCAUGAAUAAAUCUCAUUCAAACCUGAUAUACUUGGUGGAUACAAGCAUCAGAGUUUUUCUUGGAUCGUCAUUUCUUGGAAAGACAUAUCUGCAUGAAGCUAAGAAGACGUGUGUUAUUUUUCUCUUGAUCAUCUUGAUACUGGCAGCAUCGUUCACACCAGAAAAAAAUUUUUUUCAACAAAAUUCAAAGCGAGAGUCUCCAGGUGUACUGCGAAAACCAGAAGUGAAAUCUAAUACCUUCCUACAGAAGAUGAAAGUUGUCGGCGAAAAUUUGAAGAAAAUCGUUAGGAAUCUACCAGUGUUGGAACUACGAUGAGCUGAUCAAUGUUUACAUCUCAAAACUUUGUAAUUCACGAUGAAAUCGCUCAGAAUUUCACACAGAAGUUUGCUUAUUUCCACAAUCAUCUAAAUAUUCCAAAUGUCACUAUUCAAACAAAAAAACUAGUGUCCUGGGGCUUGCAAACCUCAAACGUUGGUAAUUAGGUCACUUAUCUGUGCCACUGAAAUUCUACUACUCGAAAACUACUAGAUCUAGACUCAUAUGCGCUACAUGAAAUAAACUUCGAGUUCAUGAAUCUGGCUUCGACAAUUUUCUUAUUUUGCACUGCUAUAUAUCAUUUCUGGAUGAUUAGAAUUUUUUUCGUGCCAAAUUCCAAAGAUUCAUCUUUGAAAAUAUUCAACGAAAAUCGGGCCUAUGAAGAUUUGGCGCCAUUCUACAUCUAGCAAAGCCAAUGAGAUGAAACAUGAAUUUACUGCAGUUUAAUGAACAAUACGCAACGAUGAACACUCGACCUAGAUGUCAGCCUCGAAAUAAAUUGCUCACCAAAUUGAUGAAUCCAUAAAAUAUGAAAAAAAUCAAUCAUAUCAUACAGU